AUGGCCAACUACGUAAAAUUCAUGAAAGACAUACUGUCGAAAAAAUACAGAUUGGGAGAAUUUGAGACUAUUGCUCUCACUGAAGGGUGCACAACAAUGUUGAUGAAUAAGCUGCCUCCGAAGUUAAAAGACCCAAGGAGUUUCACUAUCUCUUAUUCAAUUGGAAAUCAUUAUGUUGGUAAGGCGUUAUGUGAUUUAGGAGCGAGUAUAAAUAUAAUGCCUAUGUCUAUUUUCAGGAAGCUGAAAAUCGAGAAAGCAGGACCUACUAUGGUUACGUUGCAACUGGUUGAUCAAUCCUAUGCCCAUUCGGAAGGCGGAACUUUAAUUGAUGUGAAGAAAGGUGAACUAACCAUGAGAAUAAGUGAUCAGCAGAUCACGUUCAAUGAAUUUAAUGCCCUGAAAUAUGCUUAUGAGAAUAAAGAAUGUCGUGUCAUUGGAUUGACAGAAACAACAGUGGAGGAAUUCACAAGAUUUUGCCAUAGCAAUUCUGAUAUUGACGAAGAAUCACUUGAGCAGAGUGAUAUAGUAAGUUUUGAUGAACUUAAGUAG